AUGCCCAGCUACAUCCUCACUGAGCCUUCCCCCUCCACAAACGUCUUCGUCCGUUCUGGUCGAGGCGGCUACGGCAACAUCUCCCGUGCCUCAAAGGACUCUUCCUCGUCCUCCCGCACCGUCCUCACACCCACAACCAGCACCACCAGCACAACUACUCCCUCAGGCCGUUUCUUCAGCGGCAUUGGCGGAGCAGGCAACGUCCACCGAGCCAGCGAGCAGCCCUCCGUCUCUCUCGACGCCGAGUACGACCGCAUCGCAGCCCGCGACCAGAUGGCCGCUGGCCACGUCGGCAUCGGCGGCGCAGGCAAUGUCUUCCACCGCAAGGACAGCGACGCUGGGUCUGACUCCAGCUCGAGCAGCUCCAUGAGCUCCAAGUCAAAGCUGUGGGCUCGCGUGAGCAGCACCUUCAGCCGAGACUAG